UGGAGUCGUCGUCAGGACGCAGCGGGACUGACGCUCGUCCACAACAAAACAAGAGUGAAAUCCACCGAAUAGAGAGGAUUUUAUUUUUGUGAUUUAGAGACUGGUCAGUUGGGUUGCUCCACUGAACACAGCAGAAUGGACCUGCUGCCUGACCUGUGGAGGCAGGAAUACUGGCUCCCUCCAGGUGUGACCUGGGAGGACAUGGAACAGCUGGGGGACUGUGACCGACCCCGACCCCUGGACCUUCUCUUAGGUCUGCCACUGGCGCUGGGCUUUGUUGCCCUGCGCUACCCGUUCGAGAGGUUUGUUGCCCCACCAAUGGGCAGAUGUUUGGGGGUGAAGAAUAGAUUGCAGGUGAUUGCAGCCCCUUCCCCGAGGCUGGAGUCGUUUUACACCCAGAGGAGCAGAGAGCCGACGCAGAGUGAAAUCGUUGGUUUGAUGAAGCUCUGCGGCAAAACCCAGAGACAGAUUGAGACCUGGUUCCACCAUCGCAGGAACCAAGACCGGCCGAGUCAAACCAAGAAGUUCGGCGAAGCUGCCUGGAGAUUCUUCUUCUACCUCAUUUCCUUCACGGCUGCAUUCACCAGCUUGAUUCAUAAACCCUGGUUGUGGGACCUCAGGGAAUGUUGGAGACAGUAUCCAUUACAGCCUGUGGAGAGAGCUCAUUACUGGUACUACAUGAUGGAGCUGGGGUUUUAUGGCUCUCUGCUGCUGCGGAUCUCUGUUGACGUCAAGAGGAAGGAUUUUAAAGAACAGGUGAUGCACCAUUUGGCCACCAUCUUCCUGCUCACCUUCUCCUACUGUGCCAACUACAUCCGCAUCGGCACGUUGGUCAUAGCGCUUCACGACCUCUCUGACAUCCUGCUGGAGUCCGCCAAGAUGUUCAACUACGGCACAGGCUGGAGGAGAACGUGUGACGCUCUGUUUGUUGUGUUUGCUGUGGUCUUCCUUGUGACUCGACUGGUGAUUUUCCCCAGCAAACUCAUCCACACCACCCUGGUGCUGUCCAUGGAGACCUUCCAGCCCUUUGUCGGCUACUACUUUUUCAACAUCCUGCUGAUGGUGCUGCAGCUUCUCCACAUCUUCUGGGCUGGAUUAAUCUUACGCAUGGUCUACAAGUUCCUGAAAGGCAAGAUGGACAAAGAUGAGCGCAGUGAUGACGAGAGUGAGGUCGAUGAAGAAGUAGAGGAGGAGGAUAAGGGAGGAGAGGACACCGCUGAGCACGGGGGAGAUUAUUGCUGGGAGAGAAGUAAAGACGCCCUGAACUCGAAGCUGUCUAUGCUGACCAACAGCUGUGUCCUGAAUAACUUGACCAACCACAGAGCAUCGGCAGUCGACAGGAUGCGCAAAGCUCAGUAGAGACUCAACCUUUUUACUUUUCGCCCUGUUCUCUCCAUCUCAAGGUUACAACGGCCUUGUGGUUUAUAAAUCGAACGACAUAACAUGAAUAUGAGUCAUCACACUGGACAGGACAAGUCGGACACGCAGAUGGGGCCGUGUUUCACUUUUAAUUAAGAGUGUCAUUAGAUGUGGACAUGGGUGAGAGUUUAACUGUUCAUCUUUGUAAAAGUGCUGACAAAGCAGAGGACAUGUUUGAUUCAGCAGCGACUGGGUGAUGGGCCCCGGCUGUUUCUGCUGCACCUCUGCUGACAGGACUCAAGAUCCCACUGGGGCUGCGGCUGCUGCUGCUGGGACGACUCAAGUCAGAGUUCAGUGGUAGUAACACUGACGACAUGAUUCUUUUAAAGUCUCUGUUCAGUGCCAACUGAUGAUGCUCAUUGUACCUGACACUGCAGAAUUUUUUACAUGAUUUUUCAUACAGCAAAGUUCACAAAACAAAACAAAAAACUGUUUGCAAAAAACUUACAGCUUAGAUAGAAGAUUUUAUUUAAAGUUUUAAAAUAUCUAAAAAUCAACAUUUAUGGUAGACGUCGAAAUGCUUAAAAUUCUUUGUCUGUUUCUGGUUGUCGUUUAAAACAAUAAAACUGUUAUAAUAUGUG